AUGUAUCUCCGUGCAAUCCACGCCGAGGGCCAAAUCACUGUGCUCCAGCAGCUGAUUAAAGACAACCCGCUAGGCAUCUUGACCACUGCGAUCAAGUCCUCGUCAUAUCCAUUGAUCCAGUCGAGCCACAUCCCGUUUGUCCUCGAUGUUCCGGACACCAGCGACGGGAGCGUGUCGAACGGGGUCCUGCGCGGCCACAUGGCCAAGCAGAAUCCCCAGGCCAAGGUGCUGAUGGAGGCUCUCGCCGCGCAGCACGAACAGGGAGGCAGUCAGAGCCUCGAACUCUCCGACGAAGUGCUGGUGCUCUUCAACGCACCGCAUCACCACUAUGUUACGCCGAAGUUCUACACCGAGACCAAGCCCGCCACCGCCAAGGUCGUUCCCACCUGGAACUACGCCGCGGCGCAGGCGUACGGCAAGAUCCGCAUCUACUGCGAUUCCAAGUCUGAGCAGACCGGCGCGUUCUUGCAGAAGCAGAUUGAGGAUCUGUCGCGACAGUCGGAGACGUUGAUUAUGGGGUAUACAUCGCCCUGGUCGGUGUCCGACGCGCCGUCGAACUACAUUGAGAUCAUGAAGAAGAAUAUCAUUGGCAUCGAAAUCACGAUUGAUCGACUGGAGGGGAAGUUCAAGAUGAGUCAGGAAAUGGGCCAGGGAGAUCGCGAGGGCGUGAUCCGGGGAUUUGAGGCGUUGGACACGGAGGUUGGGAAGGGGAUUGCGCAGAUGGUGAAAGAGCGAGGGGAGCUCAAGGAUCGACCAAAAACUCAGUAG